CAGAAUAGCAGAGAACAAGCAGCACACAAUCUUAUAAAUCUUUACCAAGAUGCCAUCAUCUCACCAGGGUGUCAACCUCCCCGGUGGUAAGAACAGUCAGCCUUUGUCAUUCACCAAUCCGCAACGAGUCACCUCCUCUCGAGCGUCAGACAACCAGUCCAAUAUACCUAGAGGCUCUGUCAGAGGCACCACCUAUGUAUCACUUCAAUCGACAAAGCCAGAUGUCCCUCAACAACCUAUUCCACGAAAAACCAUUCCUUGUCUCUACCAUGACCCGAUUCUUCGAUUGGAGGCCUUGAACGGCCAACGGAGCCACAGCGUCAUGGAACGCUACAUGACACACAAUCCAAGUGAGCAGUAUGCACUGUUCCAUGACAGAAAUGGAAAACUGUCAACAUACCGCCGAUGCACCUGUAUCAUUUCAGUUGAUGCCGAUUUCAAUCGUUCUGGGAUUGGGGCGGAUGAGUACAAAGACCUGGACAGAAACAACCUCAGCGGGUUCAACUUUGGGCUGUAAGGUCUCUCUCUUCUCCUGUAUAUUUGAUUGAAACUCGA